UAAUUUAAGAUAUUCAUCAAUUCUUAUAAUUUCUACCCACUUGACUUUUUUCUCCAUCCUUCACAUGUGUUUAUGUGUCAAGCUGUUCUAACUCCAAAGAGAUAAAACAAAUAUCAAGGAAUCUUCUUUGCUUUCUCUCCUUGCAGUGUGCUCCUCCUUGUGAUUUUUGUUUGCAUCACAGAGAGAAGCUGAUAAUACCCAGAAGAUGAGAGAGAUCAUUAGCAUUCAUAUCGGACAAGCUGGAAUUCAGGUGGGAAAUUCAUGUUGGGAAUUGUAUUGCCUUGAGCAUGGAAUUAACCCUGAUGGCACCAUGCCUAGUGAUACCUCGGUUGGGAUUGCACAUGAUGCUUUCAACACCUUCUUCAGCGAAACUGGAUCUGGCAAGCAUGUUCCAAGGGCUUUAUUUGUUGAUCUGGAACCUAGUGUUAUUGAUGAAGUAAGAAGUGGUCCUUACAGACAACUAUUUCACCCUGAGCAAUUAAUUUCAGGCAAGGAAGAUGCUGCUAAUAACUUUGCAAGGGGACACUACACUGUUGGAAGAGAAAUUGUUGAACUGUGCCUUGAUCGUAUCAGAAAAUUAGCAGACAAUUGCACUGGUUUGCAAGGAUUCUUGGUUUUUAAUGCGGUUGGGGGUGGUACUGGUUCUGGUUUGGGAUCAUUACUGUUGGAACGUUUGUCUGUGGAUUAUGGAAAGAAAUCUAAACUUGGUUUUACCAUUUACCCUUCUCCUCAGGUUUCUACUGCAGUUGUUGAACCUUACAACAGUGUCCUUUCCACACAUUCUCUUCUUGAGCACACUGAUGUGGUUGUGCUUUUGGACAAUGAAGCAAUAUAUGAUAUCUGCAGAAAAUCGUUAGAUAUAGAAAGGCCAACUUACACUAACCUGAACCGUUUGAUAUCUCAAAUUAUCUCUUCCUUGACCACUUCCUUGAGAUUUGAUGGUGCAAUUAACGUGGACAUUACUGAGUUCCAGACUAAUCUUGUGCCAUAUCCCCGUAUCCAUUUCAUGCUUUCAUCUUAUGCCCCUGUAAUAUCUGCAGCAAAGGCAUACCAUGAGCAGCUAUCUGUUCCUGAGAUCACCAGUGCUGUUUUUGAGCCUUCAAGUAUGAUGGCUAAGUGUGAUCCAAGACAUGGCAAGUACAUGGCAUGCUGCCUCAUGUAUCGUGGUGACGUCGUUCCCAAAGAUGUAAAUGCAUCCGUUUCAAAUAUCAAGGCAAAGAGAACGGUUCAGUUUGUUGACUGGUGCCCUACCGGUUUCAAGUGUGGUAUCAACUACCAGCCUCCAACAGUAGUACCAGGAGGUGAUCUUGCCAAGGUGCAGCGAGCGGUUUGCAUGAUAAGUAACAACACAGCUGUUGCUGAGGUUUUCUCGAGAAUUGAUUACAAAUUUGACCUCAUGUAUGCUAAGAGGGCCUUUGUCCACUGGUAUGUGGGUGAAGGGAUGGAAGAAGGUGAAUUCUCUGAAGCCCGGGAAGAUCUUGCUGCUCUUGAAAAGGACUAUGAAGAGGUUGGAGCAGAAGGAGAAGAAGAAGAACCUGAGGAUGCUUAUUGAAAUCUUCAUCAUCACUAUCUACUGUCUGUCCUUUGUUCAUUGUUUUUUAAGCAUCAUUGUGUUGUGUACCAGCUCUGUUCCUACUGUUUUUUCAUAUUGAAGUGUUGAGUGAGACAAUUGUUCUUCUCACAAGCAUCAGCGAUGCAUUUUCCAUUCUGAAAUACUUGUAUUGUCUGUUUCAGUCAAAGUAAAUGACAGGAUAGGAAUGCUGCAAUUUCCAUUAUUUAAAAUAAACCAGAUGUUUAUAUUUU